AUGAAAUACGAUAAUAGCCCACUACUCGUCCCUCACGAGUCAUCAGAAGAUUGUAUUGUCGGCGGCUAUAAAAUCCCAAGUGGCACAAUGCUACUUGUCAAUCAAUGGACCAUACAUUACAAUUCGAAUAUAUGGGCUGAUCCGGAAAGAUUCGACCCUGAAAGGUUUGAAGGGCUGGAGGGGACAAGAGACGGGUUUAAGUUUAUGCCAUUUGGGUCAGGAAGGAGGAGUUGUCCUGGGGAAGGGCUCGCAAUGUGGUUAAUUGGGUUAACUUUGGGGUUGCUUGUUCAAUGCUUUGAGUGGGAAAGGGUGAGUGAAAAGAUGAUUGAUAUGACCGAAGGUUUUAGGCUCAACAUGCCUAAGGCCGAACCACUUGUAGCCAAGUGUAAACCACGUUUAUAG